GUCGUCCUCACGCCAGCCCGCCCUUCUCCUCGCUGCCGUCACCGACACACCUGCGGUACAGACCAUCCACGAGAAGCCACCCCGCCAGACGAAUCCAUUCCAGGGUGUCGCUUGUUCCAUCGCCCGUUAUAGUAUAGCUUCGCCGGGAGUCGCACUUCGUCGCACGGCAUGGCGGGUGACGGGUUCUCGCACGACGACCUCGCUCUCGCGAUCGCCCUCUCGCUCGCUGACUCGGAUCCCAGGGUCCGACUUGCGCUCGAGGACCCUAACAGACUAGCGCAGAGAACCGCUGCGGAAAGGGGAUGCGCGGAGAACUCCGCGCAAGAGCGCAGGAAUCGGCGCAGCUUUGCCGCCGGAAGCGACCCCACUGGUAGCAGCAGAGGCGCGGCGGGGGCGGAAGGGUCCAGUGUGGCGGAGCUGCGCGGAGGGAGUGGAGAGGCGGAGCCCACGUGGGAGCGGAACCCGCAGACGCGGUGGGCGGAGGGCAAGGGGAAGCGGGCGGAUGCGGAACAUGGGGCGGUAGAUGACGUGGAUGUGCGGCGAGAGGUGAUAGCGAUCGAUGACGACGACGCGGAGGGGGAGGAGGAGGGCUGGUCGCUACCACUCGCUGUAGUUCCGCCGCCACCUGACCCUGACCUGCUGGACCCAUGCCCCGAUAUAGUGGCUCUCUUUUGUCACUAUAACGAGCUCUACUUCCAGGGGAAGCUGGGGGCCUGCCUGGUCGAGUGGAGCUCCAAGCGAAUGACUCUCUGUGCGGGCGUGUGCAUGUUCGACGGCGCGCUGUGCCGCAUCCGGCUGUCGGGCCCGCUGCUGCAGUACCGCCCAGUGGCGGACCUCAAGGCCACUCUGCUGCACGAGAUGAUCCACGCCUUCAUCUUCCUCUGCCGCCCUCGCCACUCCCGAGACGACCACGGGCCCAUGUUCCAGUCCAUCAUGGGCGCCAUCAACACCAGCGCGGCACCCGACCAUCAGCGGCCCCCCCAGGGCUACCAGAUCUCCAUCUACCACUCGUUUAAGGAUGAAGUGAACGUGCACAGGCGGCACGUGUGGCAGUGCGGCAGGUGUGGUGAGGAGGUGCGGCGGGCCAUGAACCGCCCGCCCUCCGUAGCGGACUGCAUGGCGCUCAGACAGCCGUACACGGGGGAGGGGGGGAGAGAACAGGGGGGAGGGCAGGGGGGAAGAGACCAAGGGGGGAGAGGGCAGGGGGGAGAGGGCAGGGGGGGAGAGGGCAGGGGGGAAGAGAGCAGGGGGGAGAGGGCAGGAGGAGAGAGGUCAAGGGAGGGGGCAGUGGGAGAGAGGGAGAGGCCAGUUCGGGGGAAUAACGGCAGAGGAGAAAGAGAAGGAGAGGCAGAGGCGCAUUACGACGUGUCGGCACCCGCGGUGUAACUGGCAUCUGCAUGGCCGCAUGUGUGGAGGUGCGUUUGUUAAGGUUGCAGGGUCAGAGGACAGCGGGCAGGGGAAAGCAGGUCGUGGCAAGCGGGGAAGAGCGGAGGAGACGGCAGGGGAGCAGGUUGCUCCGGCUGCUGCUGGUGGUGCUAGUGGCGGUAGUGGGAGCAAGAAAGGGAAUGCCAGUGGUAGUGGGAACCGACGGAUUGAGGAUUUUUUUAGAAGACCAGUGGUGGAUGGGAAAGGGAAGGCCAAAAAAUAGGUAACGGUUAUCUUGCGUACCCUGUAGUCUGCAGUGCUAUGUACAAACAACCUCCACAACAGGCCCCCAGUUUUCAGGCCAUUUACCCUGAUUCAGGGUUUUUCCAGGGAUUUUCCCGGUA